AUGGACAAAGGCAGGCCCAUGAUGGACGAGCUCGCGGGGCCCGUGUGCUGGCGGGGCACCACCCCCAGGGGUGCUGGAAGGCCCCUUAGCAACCAGAGCCCCCGCAAGCCCUCAGCCAAAACUCGCUCCCAGGCGAGUGUUUGGGGCCUGGGUGGACCUGACGGGCUGGCCUCAGGGGGCAGUGCUGGGGCUGAGGGUGACCCUCAUACUGCUCUGACCGUGUGGCUGGACUCGCGGGAGCCCGUCCAGGAGCCAGAUCAGUGUCUCUGCUUGGCCGUGGUGUUGGCUCUGGGCACACGUGGUCCUGUGGUGCUGACGGCGGUUGUUCAGCAGCUGACCCCUUCCUGCUCAGUUGCAGGGGCUGACAGGCUCGCUGGUGUUGGGAGCACUUGGUGCCUGGUCUACAACCCCCUUGCACACUACGGCCACCGCCGGGCCCGGGAGCAGAUAGUCUUCAUACUCAGUACCCCCCCGUCUUCCUCCCGGUCCGUGGAGAGUCCGGAGCCCCCAGGCACCCCGAGCCAUCAGACUCUUGUCCUGGACCUGCUGCCCGUGACCCCGGCACCUUCCUGCCAGAACGACCCGUCUACACCGCGUGUCCUGGUGAGCCUGGGCCUCACCCUCCUCAUGUGGCUCAAUGCCCACUGCUCUCGUCCCCAGGCCGAGGGCUUCUCCCAGGGAGGGUUGGAUGACAGCAGGGCCGACCUAUGGGCCAGUGCCAACACUUCCCUCCUGCAAGGAUUCUGGUGCCAGCCAGCCAGGCAGCUGUCCCGGGACCAGCUUUCGGCUCUGAUCAGGAGGAUGGCGUCACAGCAGGUCUUCCUCAGAGCCUGGCAGCUCAGCUGCCUGGCCAACCUAGCCGCCCGGCACGGCCUCCAGGGGGACUUCUCGCUGCACCCCGCCGACCUGCUGCUCUUCUACAACCUGACGCAGGUGAGGGAAGCCAACUGCCGGGCCUUCAUCCGCCGCGCUGCCCAGGGUCACACAGAGCUGCUGGCCAACCUGCCCGACCAGAGGGCCGCCUUGGGGCACGCAGCCUUGGCCUGCCUGGGAGGGCACCGCCCUCAGCUCAGCGCCUCUGACCUGCUGCUCCUUGGGAUCCUGGUGUGCGACAUGGACACGUCCAGCAUCAUGGCCUUGGACCCUCGUGUGCUGCAGAACCUGCGGCGCUGCGCCCGGCUGACCGCUGCCCAGCAAGCCGCCCUCAACACACUGCUGGCCAGUGGGAGGACCACGCUUGGGCCCCCUGGCUCCUGGAACCUGGAAGGGCUGCAGGCUCUGGGACCCCUGGCCACUUACGUCAGCCCCGGCCUGUGGGUGCAGGUGCAGGAGGCCGUGGGCCUGGGCUUCUUCAGCAGCAUGGUGGCUGCGUGCCGGGCAGGGCAGCUCAGCCAGCGUGAUGCCAGGCGCUUCGUCACCCGCUUCCUUGAGGCCGAGGCCAAGUCGGUGUCCUCGAGGCCCAAGCGGGGAACAGGGAGACACUGCAUCCACGGUGACAUCACGGCGGCCACGCUGCAGGACGACCUCUUCCUGGUGCGCUAUGACUGCUCGCAGCUCGAGUCCUGCCUGGGCAGCCACGUGCUCAGGGCCAACCUGGACCCCCUGCUGCAGCAUCCGCUGCCCGCCGAGUGCCAGCGCGUGGUCAAGGCCAAGCUGGCCAGGAUCUACCCAGGCGGUGUCCCCGAGGAGCAGCUCCGGCGCAUCACCUCGCUGGUCUACCUCUACUCUCGCGCGGAGAUCAGCCAGUGGAACAUCACGUCCAGAGAGACGGUUGUGGCCCUGCUAGCCUCGGACGUGGCCCUGGAGAACCAGACUGAGGCUGUCCUGCAGAAGUUCCUGGACCACAACGGCACUGUCAACAGCGCCCUGCUGGUGGCCAUCGGGGGCUCCCGUCUCUGCUGGAUGAGCCCCCCACAGAUCCAGGCCAUCCGGCCCUCGGAGUUCCGGCUGGCCGGGGCCCUGGACAUCUCCUCCUGCCCUCAGAGCCGGAAGGAUGUGCUCUACGCCAAGGCCCGUGAGGCCUUUGGCAGCACGAGGACCACGGCUGCCUACUACCACCUCAUGCGCCCUUACCUCGGCGGUGCCCCCGUGGAGGAGCUGCAGCACCUGGCCCAGGAAAACGUCUCCAUGGACAUCGACACUUUCACCAACCUGAACCCCCGCGUGCUGCAGAGCCUGAGUGUUGGCAAUGUGACGACACUGUUGGGCCAGAAUGUGGGGGACCUGCAGAAGGCACGCAGCCACCCCACCAUCAGCUCCUGGCUCCGCAGCCUCAACAGGUCAGCCCUCAGUGAGCUGGGCCUGGACCCGGACCCCGUCGGCCCCACCGGCCCAGCCCACCCGACCACUGGGUCCCCUAACACCACCCCCUGGACACCCCAUCUAGCCCCUACUUCAGGCCAGCCCGGGAAUGAUGCCCCCACCUCAGGCAGCCCACCAGCCCAUGUGGGGUAUGUGCCACUUGCUGUGGCCCUGCCCUCCAGCCUCCUGUGGCUGCUGUAUCGGGGCACCUGCACCAUGGCCUCCAAAGAUGGCACUGCGCUGGCACCACACGCAGGAAAAUUGGGGCUGGUAGGCAGAGCUGGACGCCUGCCCCAUGUCCCACAUCCUGGGGGCCUGCAAGGCUGGUCCCCACCCACACCCAGCUCCCAGGACCUGGAGCUGGACUGA